AUGUCUUUGAAUUUCAGACACACACUUCUACCGUCUAGCAAGCAUGAGGCAAAAAUUUGUUCCUAUAGCAACGCACGUGCGACGAUGGUGAAAACACAAAAAUCAUCCGAGUUGCGAAAAAUUAGGGAUUUACGUGAGAAUCUGUCGGCAGCUUCGUGUGUAGAGACAACUACGACUGACAAGAAUGACGUCGUUACGUCACAACAGCAACAACAACAGCAACAACAACAGCAACAACAACAGCAACAACAACAGCUGUCGGCUUGGACUUGUAGGGAAAGAUUGAACGAGAUAACAAGAGUUGCUAAAAUUUGCAUCCAGUUUUAUGAAAAGAUGUUUGAGACUAGCAUGAACUGGCAGGAGCACCUAGCAAUGCUAAGGAGGAAAUCACUUCAUGCCCAUCAGCGUCGCCAGAAUAACGCUGGCCGUCAUGAGACCUUCCAUAUUUUAAAAGAUCAGUUGACAAAAUUUCAACAUUUGGCAAAUGAAUUGAAACGGAACGACGCAGGGAUGUACCGAUGCGGUUUUAACGAGUACUCGAUAUUCGAGGAACCCGGUUUCGUCGAUUUACAUAGUGCGCUACAUAAUUUGGACCAUAACACUGCCCAGAUCGGAGAUCGAACCCGGUGCCUUCGAGAUAUGGUAAGCAAGGUGGACCAAUUAGAAAUCGGCUACAUGAUGGGAUUCAAUGUUGUGUUGUUCUUUUUUGAAUAA